AGCUGAACACCACAACCCUCCCCCACUCCAGCACCAUGGCCGCUACCGACCUCAUCAUGUCCGGCGACUGCGGCGGCACCAACACGCGUCUGUCGCUGUGGAACAUCCCCAAGGAGGCCAAGCACAUCAAGGGCGACAUCGCCCCCGGCCAAAUGGUCUUCUCCAAGAAGUACCUGAACGAGGAGUACGCGAGCUUUGCCGAGGUGUGCCACCUCUUCCUGAACGAGGCCAAGCUCGUGAACGAGGUGCCUGCGGCCUGCGUUCUUGCGUGCGCUGGCCCCAUUCUUAAGAACACGGUGGACUUCACCAACGUCGAGUUCGGCUGGAAGAUCGACGGCCCGGGUCUGGAGAAGGAGCUCGGCAUCAAGAAGGUCCGUUUGAUCAACGACUUCGCCGGUAUGGGCUACGGCCUGCUCACCCUGCGCCCGCACGAGUACAUUGUGCUGAACGACGCCCCCAAGGACGAGACCGCUCCCAUGGCCACUAUCGGCGCCGGCACUGGACUCGGCGAGUGUUUCUUGACCCCUGGUACCGAUGGCCAGUACUCGUGCUUCGCCUGCGAGGGCGGCCACACCGACUUCGCCCCCGCCGACGAGAUCGAGAUCGAGUUGUACAACGAAAUCAAGGAGAAGCUCGGCUGCGGCCAGCGUUUCUCCGUGGAGCGUAUUAUUUCGGGCCCCGGCCUGGCCACCAUCUACGAGUUCCUGGCCAAGAAGUUCCCCGAGAAGGUGGACCCCAAGGUGCACGAGGAGUUCCUCAAGGCCAACACGCAGCAGGGCAAGGUGAUCGGCGAGAACGCCAAGACGAACGAGCUGUGCAACCAGACGCUGGAGAUCUUCGUGGGCGCGUACGGCCGCGAGGCUGGCAACGCGAUGCUGAAGUACCUGCCGCGCGGUGGUUUCUACAUCACGGGCGGCCUGGCACCGAAGAACCUGGACUACUUCACGAAGAAGGACAUUUUCCUGAACUCGAUGUUCGACAAGGGCCGUGUGAGUCCCGCCAUCCGUGCUUGCCCGGUGUACCUUGUUUUGAACGAGGACUUGGGCGAGCGUGGCGCGCACUACUACGCAUACCAGUUGCUGCAGGAGGCGUAAGCCUUGUAUGAAUGCUUCGGUCUUCUGGCCGAGCUAGGGCAAUGCGAAUAGCGGCCCGAAUGUGUUUGAUAAUGAACCUCUUUCGUUGCGUCU